GGGGAGAAGGCUAAAGAUUGUAGUGGUAGUGUUGGUGGUUUUGUUAAGGGGUUGGUCAUCGUGCGAUGGGUGUUUGGCAGGGGAGAAAUCUGCAAUCUUGCAACUCAGAUCUUGGUUCAUGGAUCCUUUUGUACCAGAAAGCUGGGUUGAGGGAAACUCUGACUGUUGUGAAUGGGAAAGGGUUGAGUGCAACAACAACACCGGCCGAGUCAUCAAACUCUCUCUUAACACUAUGACAGGUCUUCGUGGAGGCAAUUGGUAUCUUAAUUUCUCUUAUUUGUUUGCCUUUGAUGAUCUCGAGAGUCUUGAUUUAAGUAGCAACUCAAUAGUUGGCUUUGAAGGUGUUGAGAGACUGUCAUCAAGGCUAGGCAAAUUAACGAUCCUUGACUUGAGUUCUAAUAAGUUGAAUGAGACGAAUACUACUUUCCAAAUUUUGAGUGGGUUUUCAUCUCUUAAGUCUCUAAAUCUAGCUAGCAACCUACUGAGGGGAUCAAUACAAUUUACGGAUAUGCGUAAUUUGGAGACGCUUUACAUGGAUAUGAAUCCUCUCAAUGAGAGCUUUCUUCAAAGCAUGGGAACAUUAUCUUCUCUUAAAUAUCUGUCUUUGAGUGAAGCAUUAAAAGAUAUUGCCGCUUUACCAUCAGAAGGUUGGUGUGAUUUGAAGAACCUGGAAGAGCUAGAUCUCAGUAGAAAUGAAUUGGAGGGGACGAUUCCUUCAUGUUUAAGAAACAUGACUUUUCUGAAGCUAUUGGAUCUCUCCAACAAUCACUUCACUGGACAUAUUGCCUCAUCUCCCCUUCCUCAUCUCACAUCCCUCGUCUAUCUUUCACUUUCACAAAACAGGUUGCAAAUCCCAAAUUCAUUCCACUCAUUCGCAAACCACUCAAAUCUUAAGGUCAUUUUAGGUGAUGAGAAUGAACUGAUCCCAGAAACUUCUUUCCAGACAUGGCUUCCAAAGUUUCAAUUGAUAACCUUUAGUAUUUCCAAUUGUCGAGUUGGAGGACUCAAUAUAACAAUUCCUAGCUUCUUGAUCCACCAGAAUGACUUGCGAACUCUGGAUCUUUCCUACAUCAAUUUUGGGGGAAAUUUUCCAUCUUGGUUGUUAAAGAACAAUACCAAAAUGGAAAGACUUUUCUUAAGAAAUAACUCGUUUACAGGGCCUUUUCAUUUGCCAUCACUUCCCAAUCUUGAUAUUUACUUGAUAGAUAUAUAUAACAAUAAUUUCCAAGGUCAUAUUCCCGCAAAUAUAAGUUCAGUCUUUCCAAAUUUGAGGUAUAUAAUCAUGGCUUCAAACGAGUUUGAAGGUGAUAUUCCUCCUUCCUUGGGUCAUAUGACCUCUUUGGCGUUUUUAGACCUGUCGCACAAUCAACUAUCCGGAGGAAUACCACAGGGGAUGGCCAUGGAAAACAGUUCGUUAUGGGCUGUCAAACUCUCAUACAACAAUCUAAAUGGCCAAAUACUACCAACAAUUUUUAAUUCAACUCAAUUGCAAUAUUUCUAUGUGGAUGGAAACAACUUUGUGGGAAAUGUGCCAGACAUCUCAUCUAACAAAAUUUUAUCAUUCAUAGAUGUUAGUGAUAACUAUUUUUCAGGAGACCUUCCAAAAUGGAUUGGCAACUUGUCAAAUUUGAUUGGAAUUGAUUUUUCCAAUAAUCUCUUGGAGGGUUCGAUUCCGGUUGAAUUCUGCAAACUUGACGGCAUUGAAUUUUUGUAUCUUUCUGAGAACAAUCUUUCUGGCUCUAUACCAUCUUGCUUCAGCCCAAGAAGUGCAAGGCAUGUCCAUCUGUAUAAAAAUAGACUAGCCGGUCCAAUGACAAAUGCUUUCAACAACAGCUUAGCUUUAAUAACGUUGGAUCUCAGCUAUAAUGAAAUAACCGGCACCAUUCCAAGUUGGCUUGGAAACUUUCCAGCAUUGAGCAUCCUUCUCAUGAAAGCUAAUCGGUUUGGUGGCAACAAUAUCCAUCUUUUAUGCGGCUUGAAUCGAUUAACCCUAUUGGAUCUUUCUCAAAAUUAUCUCUCCGGUUCUAUACCUUCUUGUUUAAGUCAGUUACCAUUUGAAGAAUCACUUGAAAAAUCACGUACAACUGUCUUUACAAGAGGUUUUUUAUCACAAAGCAUGUCACUUGUUGCACUAAGGGAGAGCUUCAACUUGAAGAAGUUAUAUCCACCUCAUGAUUCGGAGUACUCUUAUUCUGUCUUGGAUGUACAAAACUUCGUAGAUUUUACAGCAAAGAGAGUGUCCCGCACUUACUUGGGUAAUAUUCUCAACUUAAUGAACGGCAUUGACCUUUCUGAAAACAGAUUAACAGGUGAAAUCCCCCGAGAAAUCGGAAACAUAACCAAGAUUCAUGCACUAAACUUGUCUCACAAUAGCAUCGCUGGAUCCAUUCCGGCAACGUUCUCGAAUCUAGAAGAGAUAGAGAGUUUAGAUCUUUCUUACAACAAACUGAAUGGAAAUAUCCCCCUUGAGCUGACUGAGUUGAACAAUCUAGCAGUCUUCAGUGUGGCGCAUAACAACUUGUCAGGUGCCACUCCAGAGAGGAAAGGCCAAUUUGGGACCUUUGAUGAAAGCAGUUACGAGGGAAAUCCAUAUCUCUGUGGAACUCCUUUGAAUAAAAGUUGCAGUGAAACUGAAUCACGACCAUCACUUCCAAAUGAUGAGAGUGAAGCUAGUGGUUUUAUAGAUAUGGAAUUUUUUUACGUCAGCUUUGCUGUGUCUUAUACAUCUGUGUUGCUGGCAAUCAUAGCAGUUUUGUGGAUAAACCCUCGUUGGCGACAGGCAUGGUUUUACUUCAUUGAAUCAUGCAUCAUUAUUAGCUACAUCUUUUGCAGAAAAAUUGUUAAAAAUUGAUGUAACUAUAUAAAUACAUAUUGCUAUGUGUUUCUAAAUGUUUAGUAAAUAUAGU